CAAUUAUCUGUUUAGAUAAAAGAAUCAAAUGAUUAUUGCUUUAUCAUAAGUUAAGGUAAAAGUGAAAUUAAUGCAGUGAAUGUUUGUGACGGUUGAUUUGCAAAAUGAAAGUGAAGAAAACUAUAUUAAUUUUGAUGGCAAUCAGUUAUGCAGCAAAUGCGUAUGAAACUAUCCAAUGUGCGGAUGUUUUGAAAAGUCACAGCUCAGCUGAUGAUAAAUAUUUAGAAGUAACUCAAUUAAAAGGGUCCGCUGCUGCAACUCUAACAAACUGUAUCGAGCAAUGGCAAGUGGUGAAGAUUUGUGAAGAAAGCCCACACACAAAGUGGAUUAAUUGCGAUGUUUCUGCAACAACAUCACGUGGAGACCCUUCUGGCUCAACACCAUCCACGUAUUGGCGCAGUAAUACUUUACAUCUACCUCUAAGCUUCAAACCUAGCACGAAAGCACCAAGUUACUUCAAUGGUGAUCUGGAUGAAGAAAGUGACAUAUUCGGAGAUAAAUUUCAACUUGCCGUUGAGUCUUUAGAUGAAGUUGCGUUGUUCAAUUCGAUAGGCCAAUUAUCAGAAGAUGAGGAAGAAGGAGAAAUCACAACACUGGAACCCGAUACAUCAACUUCAACAUCGACUUCAACAACGCCAGCUUCAACAACAACCCCAACUCCGACAACAUUGACGCCAAUUUCUUCUACAGACUCAACUAUCCCAACUUCACGGCUGCCCAGAACAACGCCGGAAACUUCAGGCUCUGAAUCUUCAUCCACUGUUUGGAUUAUGUUAGUGCUAUAUCUUGGAUGGGGACUUUUAAUUUUGUGAUUGCAUGUUUUCGCAGUGUGAGUGAAGGUCGUAUUAUUGAUAUAAUACCUAAAUAAUAACAUAAGUGAAAAUAUAUAGUCGUGUGUGUUAAGAUCAUUCAACUUGACUCAGACCCUUAACGCGUGUUUCCAAACUUGUGGCAUCAAUAUUUUAGAAAUUUAAAUUCAUCUACGAAGAAUUAUUCUGACUGAACUAGAAAAAUUGCAAGUUCAAAGUUGAAAUAUUCACUUAUAACUCUCCAUACUUGAGUAUUCCCAAAGGCAUUUGCCACCAUUUUUUAUGCCCAACAAUGCGGUCAUAUAGUCAAUAAUCACACAAAACUGAAUGUGCAGCUAAAAGGACGCGCUUAAUUUUCCGCAAAUGGUGUACAAUAAAUUGUUUAGGCCGUCAAAUUGGGGUCAAAUAAUCCCGAAAUGAUGUGACCAUUGAAUGGUUGUCCUAUAUAUGUGUAUUAUUCUUUGAUUUAUACCAGUUUUAAUUAAUCUGCUGUAUUUCACAAUAUGGCCAUCUGACUUUUUUUUUGGAAAAACUGCAUAAAUGGUUUGAUAUUUCGAAGCGCUUCACUACAAUGUAAGUACCUAUGUGAAGUUUUUUAUUUGAUAAGUUAUGAUUUUUCCCAGUUUGUUACAUUUAGAUCUAGACAACCUUCCACUCUGUUUUUUUAACAACUACUAGAACUAUUUUUAUUUCUUCAAAGAAAUUAGGCAAAUGAACAAUUUUCGUUUCUGUUCAUAUUAUUUUCAGUAAAGUAACGCUUAAAAUGG